AUGUAUGCCGCAGCCGUUGGUGUCGUCGCCGCCAUUGGGGCCUAUUUGGCAGGAGGUCCUUCGACGGAGCCCCCCAAAGUCAGCAUCGCCAAUGGCACGGUUAUCGGAUCAAGCCUGGACGGCGUUGAUUCGUUUCUUGGAAUCCCCUACGCUCAGCCUCCCAUGGGAGAUUUGCGGCUUAAACGAGCCCAGCCACUGCAGGAGAAAUUCGGAACCAUCCAGACAACAUCGCUUCCUCGAGCAUGUCCGCCGCUCAAGGUCCGAGGGGACCCCAACAUGCUCUCGCAGCUCCCUCCUGAGCUGGCGGCCAUGAUUGGAACUUACUUCAACGAGCCUACGUUUGUCGGUGAAGACUGCCUGACGCUAAAUGUUCAACGACCUUCCUAUAUCGCCAAGAAUGCAAAGCUGCCGGUCCUCGUGUGGAUUUACGGAGGCGGUUUCGAGCAGGGCUCGACUCAGCAGUAUGAUUUUGCCCGAUUCGUGAAUUCGUCCGUCACAAUGGACCACCCUGUCAUUGUUGUGCAGAUGAACUGGCGCGUGUCUGCCCUUGGUUUCCUCGGGGGCAAGGAGCUCAAGAAAGAGGGCAACACCAACCUCGGCCUGCGUGACCAGCGUUUUGCUCUUGAGUGGAUUGCCGAGAACAUUGAGGCGUUUGGGGGAGACCCAAGCAGGGUGACGCUCUGGGGCGAGUCUGGAGGCAGCAUGUCCGUGUUCAAUCACAUGCUUAUCAACGGUGGUGACCACACGUACAACGGGAAACCCCUGUUCCGCGGAGCUAUGCUCAACUCUGGCGCUGCUGGACCAGCUGUCCAGGUAGAUUCUCCGGUGGCUCAAAAAACUUUUGACACAAUUGUCAAAGCGGCGGGAUGCUCUUCAGCAGAGGAUACUCUGGCCUGCUUGAGGGCCUUGCCUUACGAGGCCUUUAUGGACGCCUCCAAUGUUAUUCCCAACAUGUUCAACCAGGAUGGCAUCGCUGUUGCUUUUACCCCGCGACCAGACCCCUCAGAUGGCUUCUUCCCUCUCUCACCCGAUGUGGUCAUCAAGGCGAAUCCACCCAAAGUGGCUCCCGUAUCACUCCUGGCGGGAACCAUGGAGGACGAGGGCACCUUAUUUGCACUGGCUUUGUACAGACAGCAGACCAAGGAUGCCCUUGUUGAUGUUAUCCAUGGUAUUGCACCGGAUUGCCCUCGCUCCGUCUUCGAAAAGCUGUUUUCGUUCUAUCCAGAUGAUCCCAAGCAUGGAUCGCCAUAUGGUACUGGGGAGGCCAAUGAGCUGUACCCGGGAUACAAGCGUAAUGCUGCUAUUACAGGCGACAUUUGCUUUGCGUUCCAGCAUCGCGUUGUUCUAGAGGCCAUCUCUGAUACGAUCCCAUCGUGGAGUUAUCUUUCUGCGUAUGGAAGACAGACGCCCUUUAUCGGAACCUUUCAUGGUGCAGAUGUUGCGCUUAUGGCUACGGGAUUCCCCGAGCCUUUGUACUUGGCAAUGGCGCAGUAUCUACUGAGUUUCGUCUACCACCUUGAUCCCAACGUCAUCAGCAAGAUGGACGGUGGCGCGAGGCCUCUGCCCGAGUGGCCACGUUAUGAUGUGAAGACCAAGGACAUGAUGCAAUUUACUGACAAGGGACUCGUCAUUGGGAAGGAUGAUUUCCGCCAAGACGCGUUCAACUAUUUCAACUCGAAACUCCAUCAGCUGAGGUGGUAA